UGUCGAGUGUUGUGCGUCCCAAUUCAAGCAGUGGAGCGUCCCAAUGCUCAUUGUCUUUCACAUAUACCCAUAUACACAUCAAACGGUAUAUGUUUCUGAAAUUGUUACACAUCUCGCAUUUCCGGAAGUGCGCGUGAGGUGUCCGCCAUGAUUCUAUUGAUCCCAGAAUAGAGGAAAUAGUCUACUGACAGAUAGAUCAGAACAUAACGUUUCCCGGCUUUUGCCAAACGAAAUUGGACUUAUGCAGUCAUGAGCUGGGGAACUGAGUUGUGGGAUCAGUAUGACAACGUUUCGCUGCACACAUUGAAAGGAAUAGAGUUCUGUGAGAAGUAUACUCACUUCUUAAAGGAAAGAUGUAACGUGGAAAUGGAAUAUGCCAGAAACCUCAAAAAACUAGUGAAGAGUUAUCAACCACGGAAGAAAGAAGAAGAUGAUUAUGUGUUUACGUGGUCGCGGGCGUUUGUGGACAUGGUGAAGGAGCUGCAUGACAUCGCGGGCCAGCAUGAGAUGGUGGCUGAGAACCUGCAGGGCACCGUCUUUAAAGACCUGCAGGCUCUCAUCGGGGAGCUCAGGCAGGAGAGGAAAAGGCAUUUACAUGAAGGAACAAGGAUUCAAGAUUCACUUAAACAGUCAUACCAACAGUUAGAUAAGUCAAAACGACAGUACGAAAGGGCUUUCAAAGACAGUGAAAAGGCUCUAGACAAUUACAGGAAGGCUGAUGCGGACAUCAAUCUGUCCCGAGCUGAAGUGGAAAAGCAUCGAAUUGUGAUGAAUACGAAGGCUUCUCAAUGUGAGGAUUGCAAAAAUGAGUACGCUGCCCAGCUCCAGCAGACCAAUACUCAUCAGAGAGAGUAUUAUUCCACCGGCAUGCCACAAGUAUUUCAGGGUUUACAAGAUAUGGACGAGAAGCGAAUCAACCGCCUCCAGUCAGCUAUAGGUCAGAGUGCAGAGGCUGACAGGAAUGUCAUCCCCAUCAUCAACACCUGCAUCGACGGCAUGCAGAAGGCUGCAGCAGCCAUUAAUGCAAAAGAAGAUUCAAAGAUGGUUAUCGAGAGGCACAAGUCAGGGUUUCAGGUCCCCAGUGACAUUCCAUUCGAAGAUCUGAGCAACAUGCAGGCCACCGAAAACUCCAACCACUCCACACCCAAAUCAGCGCCUUCAGACAUGAAAAAUACCUAUAAGACAUCCACUGUUUCUGGCAAGAGUCGGAAACGAGGGGGAAUAUUUGGUUUAUUUCAGUCAUCAAAGCUGUUAUCGCAGUUACCCACAAUCUCUACCACGGUGGAUGACCCAAAGGAAGACUUCAGUGACCUGCCUCCCAAUCAGCGUCGGAAGAAGCUGCAGCAGAAGAUUGAUGCAAUCAAGAAGGAAAUGGCCAAAGAACAGGCAGAAAGGGAAGGCAUGUUGAAGAUGAAAGAUGUUUAUGCAAACAACCCGGCUCUAGGAGAUCCAAGUACCUUAGAUAAGAAAAUAGAAGAAAAUGCUCAAAAGAUAGAUGAUCUACGGCAAGAUCUGCAAAAGUUUGAGAAUUAUCUAGGUGAGGCUGAUGGUAAACAUCGGCGCCACAGUACGUCUAACGAGUCGCUGUCCCCAAGUGUGUCAGAUGGCAGUACCCCAGCCAGUCAACAGCAGGUCUCCGAGCCAGGAACACCAAACCUGCAGCAUAAUGUGUAUGCGCCUAUUGAUGGAGAUGAGGAGGGGGAGGAUGAGUUUGAAACGUUUCCUAUCAUCGGAACCUGUCGGGCAUUAUAUCCUUUUGAUGGAAGCAGCGAAGGGUCGAUCUCCAUGCUGGAGAAUGAAGAGUUCAACAUCAUAGAGGCUGACCAGGGCGACGGGUGGACGCGGGUCAAGCGGGACGAUACCUCCGAGGGCUUCGUGCCGACAUCCUACAUAGAGGUCCACCUGUACGAUCAGGAUCAAGUCUAGCACACCAUAUAGCAUUACUCUAGUUCACAGACCUGAAAGAUGUCACUGUCGGUUGUUAAAAUGAGAUCUCCAGGAUGCAAGCUGCUGAUUGAGUGUCGUGUUUCAUAACCAGGAGAACAUUGAGGUGUCUGGAGCGGGCAAAUCCCACUAGUGUUUGGAACAGACCGUCUCCAUAGUUCCUUCAUCAAGCCAUGCUAGAAAAUGCACCGUCCUGUUUGAACAGACUGAGAGCCGACUUGGAAUGUGUGAAAGUACUAUCAUCAGGUGACAAGGUAACCUAGGUCAUCUUUCAGGUGGUCAGUCCACAGCUCCAUGCUUGCAAUCAGUCAGAUGCCUGCGCAGGUCCAUCAGGUGAUGGAGAAGCCCUAGCUUGCGUUGUCAUCGGUUACACAGCUACGUAACAUUCACCUUGUGAUUGCAUCAAUUAUCAAGCUACAUAGAUGCAUCUUAUGACCUUGUACGGGACAGGGUUGCAUCAGUUCGUAAGCUAGUAAGAUUCACCUUGUGACCUUGUGGGUACAGGAGAUGACUGAUGAUACCUUCCACUGGGCAGUAUCUGCCUGAAGCAGCUUCAACCUCUCCCACUACAGUCCACGGUCCAUGAUGCUGUGUCACGCCAUUGCUGUCCAGUGUCCAUCUGCUUCAUCUAGUAACUAGGUCAGUCAGAUCUAUGUAGGGUAGGGUUGAUGGUGUCAUUACUUCAUGCGGUGAGAUUACCCAUCGGAGUCCAACACUGCAUUAAGUUAACCCUGCAACACAUCACCCACCCAGCUUCAUCAACAUCAUGUAUAACACCUGCUUCAAAUGCUGACCGCAACAUCAUGGACCCUGAGCAAGACCGAAGAAGGAUGCGAUUUGAUAUAAAUGUGUUCUGUAGUUUUCUAGAAAGAAUGUAUGUAUACAAGAGUCACACAGUUGUCGAGGAAACGUAUUGAUAAUGGACAAAAGAGGAUUGAAUGAAGAAAGUUGCCUCUUGAUGUAGAUUUGAAUGAUGGAGUAAGGUUUAAUCUUGCUGAUGUUUGAAAGGCAGCUCUUUGGUAACAGAUAUUAGAAGACUGCUGACAAUGCAUUUACAUUGUGUGCUGUUUACGAUGUGUUGGUGGUCAGAUUGGAUAUUAAUGCUGCAACAUCAAAGGGCUGUCUUUCGGCUUCAUCUCCGACUGUAGUUUGGGGAGAGGUUCAUGUUACGCUGAUGAUUAAAUCGUGCAAUCAAAUUCUCUGGCUGGAGAUAAACAGAUCAACUUUUUUAAACGAUCAAGGUACACUUUAUACCUUUUUAAUCUGUUUGAUAUAUGUAGUCAUUCAUGUUGUAUAUAUUUGAUACUAAUGUACUUAUGCUGGCUUGCUGUUCGCUGUUGUUGUUGCUGCUGCUGCCUGCACAGAUCAUCAGCAUUCAGUCGGGAUACAGCAAAGGGCACCUGUUGACUGCUGGAGAAGCCUGUGAAAGUAGGGGAAGUAACUCUAUAGUAGUGAUGCUCUUCCAAUGAAGGCCGAGAAAUUUGAUAGAAUUAUGCACUCAAAUUUGAAAACAGGAAAGCACCUCUGUAACGAUUAAUUGAAUUGAGCACGUGCUUUUAUGUAGCUGGAUGAUUAAUAUGUUGAAUUCUUGUCAUGUUCGGAAAUUCUUCAAAACAUCUUUUUCACAACAUCAUAUUGUUUUAGUAUCUACACAACUUGAUUAAGAAAAAAGGCCUUUAUUGUGUUGACUGAAGUCAACAGUCUUGAUAGACAUUUGUCUAAUGUAGAAAUAUAUAUGGACAACAUACACACUACAGGAAUAUCCCCUACUGAGGAAUGUCCACGUUGGUAUCCCGACAAAAUAGACUUGCUUUUAGCCCUUUGUCCUUCCCAUGUGAUCUUGUUUUAGCUCUGCGUCAUGUACAGCAUGCACAUAACUUCUUAGUUGACGAGGAUGCAGUUGUGUAUAAUAUCAUGCUGUAAUUUGUGAUGCUAUAUUAUUUAAAUCAUUACUGUUUGUGCUUGUUAAUGAUUCCUCCCCGGCAGUGCAGGCAUCUGGUAACAUACAGCUUAUGUGGUUAGCCCAGUAGCAACAAUGUCUUGUGUUGGUGACAUUGGGUGGUUUGGUAGGGUAGCCUCAUGGUUCAUGCACUUGCUCCUUCACCUAGACGGUCCAGGUUUGACUCCUUGUUGGAUUGCCUUUGGUGUUUCUUCGGACAUCCAUCUGACACUUUGGACCCACUUUUAAGUGUAGUCUAAGUCAGAGUUUCAGUGUGGGUUGGAAUAGCAGAUCCACUCACAUCAUGAUCCUUGGUUUGUCCAGCAAGUACUGAAUGUAUGCAACUUGGCCAUAACCAAACCAAACUCCUUUCUUUCAUCACUAUGUUGGUGCACCUUAUUGACACUUGCUCCUGUCAUACUUUCAUUGUUUGCUUGAGGGCUUGUUCUGAACGACAACAGACAGUGUCUGGGCUUUGUUUUUAUGUGUUUGUAAACUUAUCAGAACCUGAAAGGAUUUUGGAAUUAGAUUUCGAGAAAGGGAAUUCAUUUUGUAUUGCAAAUCAUAAUCACUCUCUCUGUCAAUAAAAUUGACUUGACAGCCAUCUGUGACAUAUCGUCAUUUAAAACAUCAGCAUGUUUUUAGCUGCUAUGAUUGCAGGUCAUUUGUCCGUGUCUUCUAGUUUGUCAAAUGAAAUGUUCAGGUGAAAGACUUAGAGAGGUCCAUGGUUUGAGGCGACUGGAAGUACAUGUCUGAUGAUUACAGUCGUUGUCAACCAUAUUACGAUACACCCGUGGCUGAUACAAACAACCCUGUUUAGCCUAGAGCCAAUUGUGCUGAAUAAUGCCAAAAUGGUUGGUACUAAUCUGACAAAGCAGUCGUGUUCAAUAGUGUGUGUUGCUAUGACAACCCAGGACAUUUUAUUCCAUGUGGCUGGAAUGUUGAACUAAAAUACACUAGCAUCCAAACACCCACCUACAUCCUACAUCCUACUCCUACUCCCAAACCACCAUCAAUCUCUCCCUCUCAUCCACACCCUACCACCGACCCACCCACACAUAUUCCACCCAUCCACCGAGGUUCCUCCCUCCCACCAAGUUAGAUGUAACUCAGUGUCAGUCUCACAAUAUUGCCACCCACCCAUUAACUCAAUCUUCCAGACAUCCACAUACCCUCACUCACUAGACAAGUUUUGUUUCUGUUUAAUGCCUCACUCAACAGUAUUCCAGCUAUAUGACGACGGUCCGUAAAUAAUGGAGACUGGACCAGAAAAUCCAGUGAUUGAUGUCAUGAGCAUCGAUCUACGCAACUGGUAUACGAUACCAUGCAUCAACCAGGUCAGCAAGCCAGACCCCCCUUUCCCGUUUGUCGGCUCUUACGACAAGCAGCAAGCAUGGGUUGCUGAAGACCUAUUCUUACCCAGAUCUUCAUGGGCAUCCAUGCUGAAGACCCUGUUCAAUUGCCCUUAUGGGUAAAGUGUGUGAAGCCCAUUUUGGUGCCCCCUGCUAUCAUAUGGCUAGAAUGUUAAGUUAAACCCUUCUCACUCACUCACUCACUACCUAUCUUACCCACCCAAACACUUGUAAACCAACCCACCUACAACACAAACCCAUACACUGACACUGACACUCAUAAACCCACCCACCCACCGACACUGACACUCUAACACUCACCCACAUGGAGUAGUUGGGUCACUGCUUGACUGACUGAUAAUAUAUCACAAAGCGUAUUGUAAAGUUGCCUGCACUCGAGUUGCGGACUGAAGACUCCCUGCCUGUUACUCUCUGCAGAAGCUGUUAUCACUGUAUAUUAUUUGUUUAUACGGGGAGAAAGAUUCCUACAUUGUUACGUCGAUAUAACCUAGAUCAAUAUCGUCCUACCUGAUUGUAUACAAAGCAUGAGGUCAGUGACCUCACUUUGACAUUUCCCUUUCCUUCCUGCAAAUACUUGCUUGUCCAUCAGUGUGGCUUUUACCUGUGCUAUGCAACAAUAUGGGUUCGCAAAAUGCAUGAUUUCUGUGAAUGAGGCAUCGUAAUUAAGCCCUACCCUUAAUUAGCUAAUGAGGAAGAAGAAACGAGUUGUUUUUUAUUCUUGGGUACUUAUCAUGUACAAAACACUCCUGCUUUUCGUCAAAGAUGAAAAUUGUGGUCUAAGUUUACUCACUUCAACAAUAUCUAGGUCACCUGCACUAAAUUGUAAGUCAUCUGCAUUAAUAUGUAGAAUACCUGAACUAAUGUAGGUCAUCUGCGCUAAAUCGUAAGUUAAAUCCUCGAGAACGAAAUGUCCUUAUUUUUAUUGCUAAUGUUUACAACUUGUUUUACUUGUUCGCAUUGUGCAAUAGUCUACCAUUUGCAAAAAGCAGAUGUCAAGAAGCUGAACUCCUGAACAGAUCUAUAUACCCGAGCUGUUCCUCUUAGCAGUGUGUAUAUAGUCGUUUGCUAGAGCUUUCUGCUGUUUGUUUGAAAUCGUCAGUAGGGUCUUUCUACUGCAUUGAUCUGUGAUGAAGGUGCAACAUUUGUUUGUGUAAUGAUAAUUAUUGAUUACUUUGUUUAUUCCGUCUCAACCCAUUUGGGCCCCUUCAACAAAGGGGGAACGGUGGGGUAGCCUUGUGGUUAAACAGGGGUGAGAAUCUGCCACGGAUCCGUGAAUUUCCACAAAUUUUAGUGACAACAAAUUUCUUAAAAUCUGAUGGUUUUCCCUCAUAAACACCCCCAAAUUAUGGACCACGCUCCAUUGCAAAGAAGUUUCAGCUGAAAACGAAAAUAUCCGUUCUCAUCCCUGGUUAAAGCAUUCGCUCCUCACGCCAAAGACCCAGGUUCGAUGGGUACAGUGUGUGAAGCCCAUUUCUGAUGUCCCCCGCCAUGAUGUUGCUGAUUGCAUGAUUAGAUCAGUGUUUCCAAUUGUAACCUUAACCUUAGUAAUAAUAAUUAAUAAUAUUUUUGAAAAUAUCUGUCUGUAAGAGUUCUGCGUGGUAAACAUAGACAUUGUGCUGAGUCAUCACUUAAUGGAAUGAGUUCUAGUGUCAUUUCUAGCCCAUUGCCUGGACUUCUGAAUCUAAUGGAGAGAAACAGUUGUAUACGGCCAUGAUUAAUCUGUAAAUCGGGAUCUUUGAUUGGAUAGUGUUUCUUUCUUCAUGCUGUGGGGCUACACUGUUCAGGCCACACCAAUUUUGUUUUACAAUUGCUCCUUCCCCAAAAAUUUAAAAUGUGAAUCAAAUUGAUUGUUUUUGUUGUUUUCACUUCUCUGUCAGUGUGUCAAGGCUGUGCAUCUGAGGUGGACAACCUUUUUUAUGUCACAGUCUGCUUCAAAUUGUGACUGUCGACCACUACAUCUCACAACACUGUCAUAUCACAACACUCGGUCACAGUGACUGUUGACAACAACGGUAAAAGUCGACAACCACUGUGAAAGUCAACAAUUGUGUUGAAUGUUGUUCAAGGUGAAUGUUGACGGCCACAGUGAAUGUUGACAACAACGGUAAAAGUCGACAACCCCUGUGAGCGUCAACAAUCGUGUUGAAUGUUGUUCAAGGUGAAUGUUGACGGCCACAGUGAAUGUUGACAACAACGGUGAAAGUCGACAACCCCUGUGAAAGUCAACAAUCGUGUUGAAUGUUGUUCAAGGUGAAUGUUGACGGCCACAGUGAAUGUUGACAACAACGGUAAAAGUCGACAACCCCUGUGAGCGUCAACAAUCGUGUUGAAUGUUGUUCAAGGUGAAUGUUGACGGCCACAGUGAAUGUCAACAACCUCUGUGAAGGUCAUGUCGUGAUCUGUAUGGGCCCAAUGGGAAGCAAGUUAAGGUACACUCAACUUAUGUCAACUUUUAUCUUUCAAUCAGCCUGUUUUGCAGAUCUCAUACUUAGAUAAUGUGUUCCUUUAUGAUUGUGAAUAGUCUCCCGAUCUGUCUGACCUCCCUGUCUCCCCACAGUCUCCCCACAGUCUCUCCACAGUCUCUCUUAUAGUGAUAAUCCAGUUGGGUUUUUUAAGCAUUUCUCUCAUGACAUUGACAUUCUCGCCUCCUUGUGACCUGGGAUAAAACUAUUUACAGAAUUGACUGGUAUUGAAUUAUGUGUAUUCAAAGUAGUGAAAUUGUUCAUAUAGAAUUAAUAUCAGUGUUACUGGAUAGAGUUGAGAACUUAGUAAUGAACAUUGUUCAGGAUUAUUACCUGUAGGCAACAAUUAGGUACAAAAUGUGAGAUUGGUGAUUGUGUGUUUCCUGGUUCUGAGGAAAAUGGUUGUUAGCUUGGGGAAAUGUGGGUGAGCUUCAUGCUGAUAUACGCCUUGUGGUAAAUAGAUCCUGUUUCACAAAACCAUGUGUGCUGGAGUGGUGGGAUAGCCUGGUGGUUGAGGCGUUUGGUCUGAUUAAUAUAGGAAACCCAUUCUUUACUUCCCCUGCCAACAUAUUGCCGGGACAUGACUCAAGCCAACAUGCUACCAUACAUGCUCACUCACUUGUUAGAAUGUCCAUUGGAGCUUCAGUACUCGAACCUAGCAUGGAAUGUUUGAUUACUAACGCAAGUCCAUGUUGAAGUUAAAGGGUAGACUUAACUGACAAUUGCUUUGUGAGACGAGAUGAAGGUCACGGAAAGAAGCCUUUUCAUUACUUCUUUGGGUCUGAUUUUUGUCUAUUCACCACACAGGCGUUUGUCAAAGCAACAUUGUCAUCCUAUUUUUGCCAUUUUGCUAUUAUUAUUUUUUUCAGGGAAAGAAGGUCUAUGUAAAUAGGGGCAUUACUCUUUUCCUAUGAUAAUGUACUCAAGGCUUGUUUUUUGCUGCAUGAUUUUCCACUAUGUGGUAGUAUCUGGAUUAACGGGGUUUAUCAGUACAUGUAAGUAGGCCACAGUCAAGAUGCUCCUUUUGUCCACUGCAAAGGGUAUCAAGGUCAAGGUUAGGGGCAUCAAGGUCAAGGUUAGGGGCAUCAAGGUCAAGGUAAGGGGCAUCAAGGUUAAGACAAUAACUUUUUCAGUCUUUUAACACUUAAUGGUAACAAUAAGAAAUUUAUCUUAAAUGCAGAUCUUCAUCACUCUCAAAUUUCAUCUUAAUUAUUCAUCUAUGCAUUACCACAAGUUAGAAAUGUCAUUGUAAUGCCAGUGUAGGCAUUCACAGUAUGAUAGUGCCAGACAUUGCAAUAUGUGUACAUAUCUGCCUGUAUUGGGUAUGAUGCUUUAUUUGGCCAUGGAUGCUGUAAGAAUCGUAUUGACUGUUACUGGUACACUUUACACUCAUCGUAACACUUCUAGUCUUCAAACUUGUUUGUCAGUAUUCCUUCAAUUGUCACUAAUGCCACAAGAUUGCUUUUCCACAAAAGAUGCCUACAUUAUUUCCUGUACAUGUGUUUUUAAUACAUAUUUUCUUCAAAAUAUUGUGCUGUGCAAUGUUUUCUAAAUCCUGAAUGUUUUCAGAUUUAUUUCCGAGAUGAAUGUUUUCUGUAGAAGCUCCCGCUCCAGCUCCAGCUCCAGCUCGGACUCAAGCAGUCAGUGCUGCUUCAUUCCCAUACCUCAGUUCAACAGGGGUAUGGUUGACAUUGUAGCUUACCAACACACUAGUGUCUACCGUUUCACUUCAACAUUAUUUAUUUGCUGGACCACACUGAACAGAUGGAGAUUAUGUGGGUAUUUACAGCAUGUGUUCAUCUGCUCUUUCUCCAAAGGCUGUAUCAUGACGGUGUUCUGUGUGGGUACACAUUGAUGUCAUGUAUUCACACUAAGUGUCAUGUGCUGCUGUUAGUGUUAAGCUUCCAUCAUCCAAUUUGACCAGUGCCAAAGAAAUUCCUCUGUGUUUAUUGUUGUAGCACUACUAAUGUUGUAGGGAACUCUUGAUUCUACCUUGUAAUUUACACCAGUUUAUUUAGCUGAGAUCGAUUAAGAUUUUUAAAGUAACCUACAGAUUUUUGUAAUAUGUUUUCCUUGAUUUCAUGUCAUGAAAAUCACUUCCUAAGAUACCACUAUUGAUCAGCCAUUGUUAAAGAUGGUGGUCAAGUUUGUCAUUACAUGCUUGAUAAAAUCACAUCCUUAGUUUAAUUUCUGUAAACUAAUUCUAAUUGAAAGUCUUUUUGAUACAAUUUCUAGAAAAUGAUUGAAUCUAUAUACUAACUUUGACAGGUGGCAGUAUUCAGUGUAUACGUGUGACAGAUACUUGUAAUUUCUAAACAAUCCUUGCCCUUCAGUGUACAGGCUGUGCUGGAUGGCUCUACUUGGCUUUGCAUAAUGCUGUUCUUGUUAUACCGUGGUGAUUCUAUAUAGACCUGAUCAAAAGCUAGCACUAAUCGGAACCUUACUGUAUAAAGGGUAAAUAAUUGUAACAUUGUUUCUUAGACUUCUGUACAUAAUAAAUACUGCCCAGCCUCAUCAUA